GUGAUAAGCCUCUCGCACUUUCGGAUACUAAACUAAACCCUAGCUUUCUCAGCAGAGCCGUUCAGCUCCGGAGUAGAGACCCUUUCCUCUUCCACAUCAUUCAGCCGAAUGACUUUCAAGCGAAGGAACGGUGGCCGCAACAAACACGGCCGUGGCCACGUCAAAUUCAUCCGCUGCUCCAACUGUGGGAAAUGCUGCCCCAAGGACAAAGCUAUCAAGAGGUUUCUUGUGAGGAAUAUUGUUGAACAGGCUGCAGUUAGAGAUGUUCAGGAAGCUUGUGCUUUUGAAAUGUACACCCUUCCCAAGCUCUAUGUGAAGAUGCAGUAUUGCGUUUCAUGUGCAAUUCACUCCAAGGUUGUGAGGGUCCGUUCUCGUACUGAUAGGAGGAUUCGUGAGCCUCCACAGCGCUUCAGACGCCCAAGGGAUGAUUUGCCAAGGCCUGGUCAAGCCCCUCGCGCUGGUGGUGCUCCCAAUGCUCCUCGUGCAUGAAAACUUAGUUCAUAAAAUACUCUUAUCAUUAGGCUCUGAAUUUUAGUUUUUUGGGAUCGUUCUUUGUGCCAUCUGGAUACUUUCAUGUUACUCUUUUAAGUUUGCUGAAUUAAAUCCGAGUUCAAUUUUAGCAUAUCGAAUUUUGUUAUCCAAACAAAAAGGUUCUUAGUUCUGAAUGGAGAUUUCAAGUGUGGUUUAAUUUCA